CCGAUAUUCUGACAGUUAUAGAAUAUUUCUAUUCCAACUUUCAGAUUUACACAAGAUUUCUGAAAAAUAAAUACGAUAAAUACAGUAACAAGUGAAAUAAAUCACAUCUGAGAAAAACAUUAAGAAGAUGUUUACAGAAAAUUUGACGAAACAGGACGAAGAAAUAGAGGCUCUAAGCUCAAUAUACGGUGAUGACUGGACCACAGAGAGCGACGUCACAAGAUCUUAUAAGAUCAGAGUUGAAGAGAACAAACAUGAAGCUAUUUUGUAUGUUACCAUGCCACCGGAGUAUCCAAGUCAGUCACCACCAAAGUUCGAGCUCUCUGCGCCUUGGAUGGAGAGAAAAGACAAGGCUGAUCUUCACCAGGCCUUGAAUGAAGUUUAUUUAGACAACAUAGGUGAAACGGUUGUAUACCAAUGGGUAGAGAAAAUAAGAGAAAUAUUACUGACAAUGAAACCUCCUGAAGCUGAGAAGAAAAAAGAGCAAAAACAACCAGAUGAAGAAAACAUGGAUUUGUCCCAGGUAGAAAACUGCCCAGAGAUUACUCAUGGUGAGGUGAUAAAGGACAGGAAAAGUUCUUUUCAAGGUCACGCAGCUGAGGUCCAUAGUAUGGAGGAUGUUAACGCCGUCCUAACAAAACUGAAGCAGAACAAGAAAAUAGUGAACGCAACUCACAACAUGUUCGCAUACCGGAUCGAACGUAAAACGGACAAGGGUACAAUGAUACUACAAGACUGCGAUGACGAUGGAGAGACGCACGCCGGAGGUCGCAUGAUGAAGCUGCUGCAGAUAUUGGACCAGAAGAACACCUUGGUUGUUGUCUCCCGAUGGUAUGGGGGCAUCCAACUGGGACCCGAUCGGUUUCGACACAUUAACAAUGCCACCAGGCAGGUCAUCGAACAAGCUGGACUACUGAAGAAAUGACAUUUAGCAUAAAUAACGUUUUGCUAAGAGUCGCAUGAACCUGCCUUACCCAAGUAACAUAAUGUCUAUAACUGGUACUAUUUUUCGUUGUUUUUUUUUACUAAACCAACAUUUUAUUGUUUGUUGCUGAAAUUUGUAAUACACAUAUAUAAUAUUGUUUCACGUUCAAAAGUAGCUAUUACUGUCUAAUUAUUCUACAUAUAGAUACAUAUCUUUUUUUAUUAAGCUGAGUGUGGUAGAUACUUUUGACGCGUACAGUUCGUGUCAUACACGAUGACGCGCAGAUUUGUCAUAUCUAACCUUUGAUAACAUGACAAAACUAAUCAAGGCACGCGUCUUUGUGAAUGACUCGAUAUAUUGUCUGAUCCGUUACUUUUAAUGCUCACUGUACAAAGAAAUUAGAGCGAGUAAUUUUACAUACAAAAUUUCGACUCGCUCUAUUUUCUCGGUAUAAUAUUUUUUUGCAAACGAAAAUAGUACUAGUACAUAAAGAUAGAGUAUAUGUUACGUAAAUUUUAUAUACCAGUUUUAUAAUGCAUGUCGUUAAAUGAAAGCGUAACUUCAAUUGUAUGAGAGCGUCUUUUUGAUGGCGGGUUCGUGUGACUCUUGACAGUGACACAGUGCCAGCGCGAGCUACGCACUACUAGUGUAGCCUUAAUUAUGGGAAAAACUAUGUAGCGAAAAGCGCCUACGAACUGAGAACCCUCCUAGCGGAUCGCUGGCAAUCGAUGUGUCAAGGUGCGUCCAUAUUUGGCGAACGGCAAAGCUCUGCGUAGUUCUACACUUGCGCUGCGUUCAUUAGUUACGAGUACCCACGCAACGAAAGGAAGGGAGCCGUGCUUGCGCGCCAUUCGCGACUCACUCGUGCGCCAUUCGCGACUCACUCGCGCGCCAUUCGCGACUCACUAGUGCGCCAUUCGCGACUCACUCGCGCGCCAUUUGCGACUCACUCGUGCGCCAUUCGCGACUCACUCGUGCGCCAUUCGCGACUCAACUCGUGCGCCAUUCGCGACUCACUCGUGCGUCUCUCGAACUUGAAUGGCGUAUAGGAGUAAAUCAUACUACGAAAUCCACACAAGUAGUGUGUUCGCCAAAUCUGAACGCACCUUAUAACCAAAACAUUGAUAUUAUUUAAGGAAACUCAUUUGACUGAAACAAAUUAUUAUGUCAUCGAUAUAAUUUUCUUUCUGUAAUCUUAAGAUGUAAGUUUGCAAACCUAAAGUAAACUGAUCUCGCAUGCAGAUCUUUUCCCAUUGUUAUCUUACAACUUUAUAAGAGUUGUUAUGAAUCAUUCUCCAGAUUUAUGCCAGCGUCUAAACUCCGUCAAACCAUACUAAAUGUAUGAAAAGUUUGAUAGAGUUGAGUCUGACCGGAGUCAUAUAAUUUGAGAAUGACCCUUUUACUUGUUUUUAUUUGUCAUUAUGAUUAUUCAUAGUGGGAUUCGUACUGACUUUAGUCAAUUAUUGUUUGAAUUUACAUUCUCAAUUUGCCCUGACGAUUCAUCAUAAUUAUCAACCAGUUAAAAAAAAUAUAUUUGCACUUUACACGCUACUGUGUCCCAAAUCUAGUAAUCAAUGAUGCAAUUAAUUGUAGAUCGAUUAAAUAAACUUUUGUAAAUAUAUGAAUAAUAAUGAAAACAUAGGUUAACUAAUCUGUAAUGUUUAAUAAAAAUCGAAAUCAAAAUAUAA